AAAGCCAGGUAUUUUUGUUCUGUUUGUACACCAGCUAGCACAAUGGAGUUCUCGUCCAUAAAUGCUUCAGUAAUACAAAUAAUACAUCAGGAAGAAGCUGAACAGGGCACCAGCCCCUUUUCAGAUCACCUUUAAAUAAGAGUAAUUAAUAUAAGAAGACAGACAAGUGGGGUGUUUGUGUUUCAGGAGCUGUACCAAGUUCAUAAUUCAUUAAGUAACAUGUUUGUGGACAUAUGUUUGUGUGUUUCUGAACUAUAUUUGGAUGUACUGGCUAUAAAAAGCCCUCAGUGCAAAGUGACCUUUAGCAGAAGUCAGAUCUCCUGUCCGUGCUGUUGCUGACUGCCCAUGAGAGAAGAUUCAAGCCUAUUAAAAUUGCAUUUCUUCUCUUCUUGUUCCCCAUGAGGAUGACCAAAGAGGCCAUAUCUCUGCACUCCAUGAACCAGACAUUAAACAGGUCACAAAGGACUAUGUGUGUUAGUACUACAAGGAGGAACAAGGCAAGGCUCCAUUGUGCUGGGAAGGGGCUAUAGCAAGAUGGGGCAAGGGAAGAAACUAACAACUACUAGAAUAACAGGACCACCCUGCCCUACAUUAAGAACAGAAGAAUGGCCAUACUGGGUCCACCCAGCCCAGUAUCCUGUCUACUGACAGUAACCAAUGCCAGGUGUCCCAGAGGGAGUGAACCUAAAAGGGUGGAAAACAGGCUGCAGAACGUGGAGAGACAGUUCAAAGAGCUAAACUCUGCCAUGGAGAAACUGACUCAGAAGCUGCAGUUUCAGGAUAAAGCUCUGGAGAAGCUGGUGGGCGAGGAUGAGAUGUGGAUAUCCUUGCUGGAAGACAGGUUCACUUCAGUGGAGAUAAAUCUUUUCUACAGCUAUGUCAGUGAAAUGCUUUGCUGCUUGCAUUCCUGUGUCAGAGCAAAGCUGCCAGAUCUGGCGGGAGGCCUCCCCACCUUAGCCUCUGUCAUGAGGCGCAAAGGCAAGAACCAGAGAAUUAGACUGGUGUGGGAAGCAGUGCUGGAGAUGCUGGGGAUGCAAGAAGGAGAUGUCUUAGCUCUAUGCACCUUUUUCAUCAUACAUUGCUCUGAAGCACAGUAUUACCCAGCUAACCAGAGGCAAAAGUACACCAGUGAUAUCAGCAUGAUGAUAACCAAGGUGGUGAAGAACCAGAUCCUUCAACAGAGCCUGCUGUGUGCUGUCCAGGUGGUAGAGACUUGCAGAGCACAGAUGGAUCCAAAAAAGAUAGCAACCCUUGUCCAAAAAUAACCUAUGUGGCAGAUUUCUUAAACUCCCUUACCCAUUUAGGAUAAACAAGCUUACAACCUAAACUGGUUCCUACAUAAACAUGCAAUUACAUACUCAUGCAUGUGUAUAUCAACACACAGAUCCAUAUGUACAAACGCUCUGAACCAUGACACACCAAUGUGUAUCAUGAGUCUGAAAAGCCAGGCAGAUUCCCAGAAUCAAUACAGCAGUCAUCACCAUCAUAUACAAGCUCAGUAUGUACAUGCAAAUGUGUAGCCAGAGGCUGCUGGGAGGGACAGAAAGAUUCUUCUGUCUCUUAGCUAAAAUAUUUUGACACUUGCAUAAUGCUGAAGAGUUCAAAUGCCAACAUUUUCCAGCAUAAAAUCUGCUUUGCUCUACUUUGUAUUCUCAUUGCAUGUCUAUGAAAGCUGUAAACUGUAGUAUGAAACAAACACUCAUUUCUUAUAAUAAAACUCCUUGGUUUACCAUUUAAUGUGUGUACUGCUCUGCAGAAAAUCAGUAUUUUCACAGAAUUCUAGGAAUAUAGAACUGGAAGGGAUCUCAUGAAGUCAUCAAGACCAGUCCACCAUCCUGAGGCAGGACUAAACCUACUUUAGACCAUCCCUGACAGGUGUCUGUCCAACCUGUACUUAACCUCCAAUGAUGGGGAUUCCACAGUCUCCCUUAAAAGCCUAUUCCAGAAUUGAACUACUCUAGAAAGUUUUUCCUAAUAUCUAAUUUAAAAUCUUCUUUGCUGCAGAUUAAGCCUAUUAGUUCUUGUCCUACCUUCAGCGGAGAUGCAGAACAAUUGAUCACCAUCCUCUUUACAACAGCACUUAAUGUAGUUAAAGAUUUACCAGGUCCCCCUCAGUCUUUUCUCAAGAUUACACUUGUGCAGUUUUUUUAACCUUUCCUCAUAGGUCAGGUUUUCAAAACUUCUUAUUUUUGUGGCUCACCUCUGGACUCACGCCAGUUUAUCCCUAUCUUUUCUGAAGUGACACUCAGAAUUGGAUACACUACUCCAGCUGAGGCUUCACCAGUGCUGACUAGAAUAGGACAAUUACCUCCUAUGUUUCAUAUAUGAUACUCCCGUUAAUAGACCCCAGACUGAUAUUAGUUCUUUUUGCAACUUCAUCACACUUCUGACUCAUAUUCAAUUUAUGAUCCACUAUAACCCUCAGAGGGGUAGCCAUGUUAGUCUGGAUCUGUAAAAGCAUCUGACGAAGUGGGUAUUCACCCACGAAAGCUCAUGCUCCAAUACGUCUGUUAGUCUAUAAGGUGCCACAGGACUCUUUGCUGCUAUAACCCUCAGAUCCUCUUCAGCAGCACUAACCCUGGCCAAUUAUUCCAUUUUGUAUUUGUGCAUUUGAUUUCUCCUUCCUUAGGGCAGUACUUUACACUUGUCUUUACUGAAUGUCAUUUUGUUGAUUUCAUAAGAACUGCCAUACUGGAUCAGACCAAUGGUCCAUAUAGCACAGUAUUCUGACUCUGACUGGCAAUUUUGGAGAGAUCCACUCAUGUCUUCACCUUCUGGCAUUCAGAGGUUUAUGGUCACACUGAGCAUGGAGUUAUAUCCCUGACCCUCUUGGCUAAUUGCCAUUGCUAGUUGCUGGACAUAUUCUUCAUGAGCUUAUCUAGUUCUUUUUUGAACCCAAUUAUACUUUUCGCCAUCACAACAUCCUAUGGCAAUGAGUUCUUCAGGUUGACUGUGUGUUAUGUGAAAAAGUACUUCCUUAUGUUUGUAUUAAACCUGCUGCCUAUUAAUUUCAUUGCCUAACCCCUGGUUUUUGUAUUGUGGGAAGGGGUAACAUGUCUCUAUUCACUUUUUCCAUACUGUUCAUUAUUUUAUAGAGUUCUGUCAUAUGUCUCCUUCAUCAUCUCUUUUCUAAUCUUAACAGCCCUAAUCAUUUUAGGCUCUACUGAUAUGGAAGCCGUUCUAUAGCUUUGAUCAUCUUUGUUGCCCUUCUCUGAACCUUUUCCAGUUCCACUAUAUCCCUUUUGAGAUAUGGAGACAAGAACUAGAUACAGUAUUCAAGGUGUGGAUGCACCAUAGAUUUAAAUAUUGGUGCUAUGGUAUUAUGUCUUCUUUUCUAUUCCUUUCCUAAUAGCGCCUAACAUUCUGUAAGCCCUUUUGACCACUGCUGCACACAGCUGAAGUUUUCAGAGAACUAUCCAUAGUAACGCCAAGAUCUCUUUCUGGAGUGGUAACAGCUAAUUUAGAAGCCAUCAUUUUUAUAUAAAGAGAGAGAUUGAGAUUAUUUGCACUUGUCAUUGCUGAAGCUUGUCUGCCAUUCUGUUGCCCAGUCAUUCAGUUUUGUUAGUUUCCCACGUAACUCUUUACAGUAAGCUUAGGACUUAAAAUUCUUGAAUACUUGUGUCAUUUGAAAACAUUACCAUGGCCCUGUUCUCCCCUUUUUACAGAUCAUUAGUGAAUAUGUUGAAUAGCACUGGUCCCAGUUCAGAUCAAUUACCUAUUUGGCAAGUUCAUUUUGAAUUCUAAGAGCAUCCUCCAAAGUGAUUGCAACCCCUCAGCUUUGUCUCAACUGCAGACUUCAUUAGCAUACUCUCCACUUCACUAUCCAAGUCAUUAAGGAAAAUAUUGAAUAGUAUUGGACCCUGGCCUGACCCCUGCAGGUAGGGUUGCCAUCUGGCCAGUAUAUGACAGUCCUGGCCAGGUUUUCUAAAGAUUUGCCAAUUACCAGAAAAAUAAUUUAAUCUGCCAGGGUUUUUUUGCAUGGGGUCUAAAAAUUUUCAUUAUUAUCAUAAUACCCUGGUACCUCAAAUGUUAAAAGUUUCUAAUUCCAGCUAAAGAUGAUACUUUAAGUGGCUGUUAAGGGGGGGGGGGGCAUUUAAGAGUUUCCUUGUAGUUAAGUUAAGCGGGUUAACAUACCAGUGAUGACUCAACUUUGAGUAUGGUCUUUCAAGCAGUUAUACACCCAUUUUAUAGUAAUUUCACCUAGUCCACGUUUUCCUGGUCAGUUAAUGUCAUGUGAAAUUACGCCAAAAGCCUGACUACAAUCAAGCUAUAGCCUGCCCACCCCACCUCGCCAGCAGUGUCAGAGCAGGCUAAGGGCCCAGACUGGGUGUAGGAAGGGGAAUCCCUGCCAACUUGAAAACAUAUUUAAACUACAUGAGUUAUAAUCAAGUAUCAGAGGGGUAGCCGUGUUAGUCUGGCUCCGUAAA